GCCGCUCGUAAUACUUCGUAGUUACACAAGUAAACAGUGACGCUGGAUUCAUGAUUAUAACCUUAGUUUAUUGUUUUGACGCUAUAAGAAAUGGCUGAUGCUGUAUUUAUCGCGCAUUUUGUGCUGCUGUUGACAUUUAAAAUUUGUCCAGGGAAAGUUACAACCAGAGAGAUAUGUUGGAAAUCUAAGGUCAGAGAGGUAGAUGGAACAGAACGAGUAGGAAGAGGAUGCGCAAAAACUGCUGAAAAAAUGAGAUUUUCUUGUACAAAAGCACAAAAAUUUUCGAAUCUCGAAAAUCCGAAAUUUGGGCCUCAAUUCCACGUCGAUUGUUGUCAUACAGAUUUAUGUAACGAUGGACCAUUUCCAGUUCUAGACGAUUUUACAACGGUCCAAAAAGACGGCGGAAGUUCGUUAAGCAGCCUUCUACCACCAAUAUUGAUGGGUUUCGCCAUAAAAAAUAAAAAUGGAAAAAUUCAACGUUCUCGACAAACUACCCUAGGCAAAGAUGGUGAGCAGUAUCUCCUUAAAUUGACAUUAUCAAUUCUUGGCCCAAUGAUUGUCUUUGGUAUUCUGGCUAGUGGAGUCAUUUUCUGUCUCCUAACCCGCAAGUCACGGAGGAAAAGAUGUGCAACUUCGAGACGUAAUAAAUUGCUUAUUGAUUCGGAUAUAGGACCUUCCAUCCUUCAUUUUUCUUCACCAUCUACGACAUCUACAACUACUUACCCUCAUGAGUUAAGAGCAACUGCCGCAGGUGAUAGUACUCUCAAGGAGUAUCUUGAUGGAAGAAGUUUGACGAGUGGAUCCGGAUCUGGCCUACCGUUGUUAGUACAAAGAACUCUAGCUAAACAAGUGGCACUCGCUGAAUGCCUUGGCAGUAGCGGAAGUUUUGGCGGAGAAAUAUGGCGUGGUGUAUGGCACGGAGAAAGCGUAGCAGUGAAAAUUUACUUUUCGCGUGACGAAGCAGCAUGGGCACGUGAAACUGAGGUAUACUCGCAAUUAUUGCCAUCUAGGCAUGAUAAUAUUCUUGGAUACGUAGGAAGCGACAUGACUAGUCGAGCAAGCUGUACGCAACUGUGGUUAGUAACCCACUAUCAUGAACUUGGAUCCUUGUAUGACAAGUUAAGUCACUCUCCCCAUCCAUUAACGCACCAUCAAUCUUUCAACAUUUGCCUGAGCAUAGCCAACGGCUUACUUUACCUUCAUACAGAAAUUCACGGCACUAAGGGAAAGCCUGCGAUGGCACAUCGAAAUUUAAAGUCAAAAAACAUUCUCGUUAAGGCCAACGGAACUUGUGUGAUCGCUGACUUUGCUUUAGCAGUGACACAUGAUCGGUUAAUCGCUGAUAGAGUAGAUAUUCGCCAAGGAGCCAGGCGCUACAUGAGUCCUGAAAUUCUUGAGCAGACAAUAAAUAUAGACUGCAUGGAAAGUUUCCGACGAGCUGAUAUCUAUAGCCUCGGACUAACAUUUUGGGAAGUUUGCCGUAGAUGUAUGUGUAACGGCAUGGCUUUAGAGUAUACUGCACCAUUCUCUGAAUGGUUAUCCUGUGGCAGUCAGGAGCCAUCAUUUGAAGAGAUGCGCAAACUAGUUUCACUUGACCAGCGAAGGCCGCCGAUUCCAAAUAGGUGGCAUUCCGAUACUACUCUUGCUGGAAUGGGAAAACUGAUGAGAGAGUGCUGGCAUGGAAAACCAGCGGCCCGACUUCCAAUACUCAGAGUAAAGAAGACUCUCAUUAAGUUGGCAGCUAACGAUUCACGUGUUCAUUUGCCCCUCGACUGAUUGGAGAUGACUCGAUUGAAUUCCACAUUUCUACCUGUUUACUACUAGAAGUUAUUACGUUGACUUUACAAUCAUCGUUUACCUAUUAAUUUCUCUCGACAAAUAUCUAUAAAUUUAUGAGUAUAUUGCCAAUAAUCCGAAAUCUCAUUCUUGAACCCAGUAAAAUAUUGUAUUGGGGUGAAUUCAGAAAAAUAAACUACGGUCCUAAUGAACUUCGCUUUGCAAUAUACAUGAAUUGAAGCGGGGUGU